UUUUAGUUACUGUGGGAAAGAUCUGCAAUAGAGUGAUAAAAUGCCGUGACAAUGUGCACAUUUUUUACCAAUAAUCGUGGCUAUAUAAGCAUAAAGCCCGAUGUCCCAUUACUUAGUUUCAUAUUGUAAUUAUGUCUGUCCGGUGUUUCAUUGCUGAACUUUGUCUGGCACUCCUGCUUGUGAGUGAGUGCCAAACGGCGCGGAAAUGGGACUAUGAACCCAUAUCCAUCGAAACCUACUCAUCCGAUGAGAGUCUAAUAAAAUUAGAUAUUAAGAUUGAGCGCAUUAAUCGCGGAGUGUUUGGAGUGACAGUCAAGGUCGACUGGAACUACGAUACGACUGAUGAAACCAUGGUCGAGGCCAAUGUCCUUCGAAGCUCGACGGGUGAUGUCAGCGACUACAAGCUACUUCCUUGGGCCAUUCCCCAGCAAUCGCUAUACGAACAUAUGAACACCUAUUAUAAGGAUGUGUCAAUGAAGAACUUUAAGCACUGUUCCAAUAUUCCGCAAUUCGAGGGCAAAUUCCAACCGCCAUUGCCAAAGCAGACCUAUUUUGGCAACAAAUGCGUGAUCGAUGGCGAUGGGUUGCCAGAAAUUGUUCCUGCCGGAUUCUAUAUGAUUAUAAUGAAAUGCUAUGGACCAGGUCAACCCACAUGGAACACUACUUCAGUUUUUAAAAUCACACCCAAAUUAAUGUAAAAAUUACAAUCUAUGUUAGUAAAAAUAAUAGUAAAGAUUUUGUUUGUUUUGUUAUGAAAAUUAUGUAUUUGAAAGAGGCAAGAAAUAAGAAAU